AUGUCCGGUGUGCAAAACCUUCCUUUGAUUGUCUCAAUGUCGCUAUCUAUCAUUGUCUCUGGUGGCAGCAUCACCCAAACUGGCCAUACUGCUCCUCUGAUGGUUAUUGGCGGGCUCCUUGCAACCAUCGGGUCGGGAUUAUUGUACUCGCUAGACAUCGGUACAAGCACAGGCAACUGGAUUGGAUAUCAAAUUCUCGGCGGAGUUGGAUGGGGAUUAGCCUACCAGGUUCCCAUCAAUGCGGUGCACGGAGCGGUGGCUCUCACUGAUAUUGCAGCCGUGACGGGUGUUAUCGUUUUCUUCCAAACUGUCGGUGGUGCAGUUUUCGUCGCUGCGGCACAGGCUGCCUUCUUUAACCAGAUUAUCAUCAAACUUGGCGCAACAGCACCAAGCAUUAACUCGGCCGUGGUGAUCUCAACUGGUGCGAGCGAGCUGCGAGACAUCUUUACAACCGAGCAGAUGACUAUGAUUCUGCCCGCUUACAUGACAGGUCUCAAGGUUGCUUACGCCAUUUCGAUCGCUGCGGCGGGAAUCGCCUUCUGUCUUAGCUCGUUCAACAAUUUUAAGAAAAUUGACGCCCAUGCAACAGAAAAAGGCUCAUUAAAUACCUCCGCCAGUGAGACUGUGUGA